AUGAAUAGUCUUAAAGUUGCGCACAAUGGCGUUCGUACCACAGUUGAACUUUCAUUGCUUCUGUCAAAGCGCUGGUCCCUUGACCUAACACCGAAAAACCGCACUGGAUUGCUCUCUAAUGCUCCUUUGGAUCAAACGUUACAGCCAACAGGUUAUGUUGAGCGGUCAUUUCCUCAUUCUACUGCUCGGGAUCAAGAUCCCCAGCUGAAAGUUAAACGCAGCUGGGACAUUGCUCUGGCUCCUCUUCGACAGGUGCCGAUGAACCUUUUUAUCAUGUGGAUGACUGGCAACUCCAUUUCCAUUUUCCCUAUUAUGAUGGUCAUAAUGAUGUUUAUGCGACCUCUUCAAGCACUCUUCUCUAUGCAAACAACAAUCCAGAUGAUUGAAGGCGAACAAGCUCCAGUUCAGUGUUUGGUUUAUGUUUUUGGGAAUCUCGUUAUGGUUGCACUAGCUGUUUAUAAAUGCAAUAAUAUGGGUCUUCUCCCCACUUAUGCAUCGGAUUGGCUAUCCUUUAUUGAACCAACUCAGCGUGCAGAGUGGUCUGCAGGAGGGUUUUCUCUGCGGUGA